AUGCUGUCUGCAUCAACAGUAUCCUCCUCCUCCCUGGAUACAAAGGACGCCGAGUCAGCGAAGACUACCGGCAGUCCCGAAUCACUCUCACCGGAUGAGGCAGCGAAGGACUAUGAAUCGCACCUGCCAUUCAAAAUCCCGGGUGCGGUGGUGUUGUCUGGCCCUUCUAUUUCUAUUCUUCGCCAAACUGCGAACGAUAUCUAUCUUCAAAUUAACUCCGACACGUCUUACUCGAAUCAGUUUAUUAUCGUGUCGAAUCUAUCCCGGCAAGUGCAGGAGCUUAUCGGUGGAGAUCGAAAUCCCCUUGAGGUUCCCUACAGAUUGACACUCGACACACAGCGCCAGCAAGCGGUUAUUCGAAUAAUGCCUUCAGGAGCGCAUGAGCGUGUGACACAGUCAUUUUCAAACGAACUCGUCGUGAAGUUACUUGAUAUGGGAAUUCGUCCAAGAGCUUACACUAUGAAUGCGGCCACCCGAUACCACGGAAAAUCAUGCGAUAAAGAAGCCGAUCAGUCUCUUACUCCAUCGCGGGAUACCUUCUCUAAUAAGGUAUGGCCUUCGCUCGUUAUUGAGACGGGUCUUUCCGAAUCAGAAGCACAACUACGAGCCGACGCGUAUUGGUGGUUCUCGAAUUCCGACUACAAAGUCAACAUAGUUAUGCUCUUUCACAUACAAAGAUCCCCUGAGCGCAGAGUCACCAUAAAACUCUACAGUCUCAGACCAGCCACCCCAAGAGUCACCCGUGGACUACAGGCGGAGGCCGAGCGCACUCUACUAUCUAAUCCUACGCUAUAUCAAACAGACUCCCCAAUAGUGCUACGUCAUUCAGCGGCCCACGAGAUCGUUAUCACCUCAAGAGGUAUUCAGAAUGCUCCGCUGGAACUAGAUUUCGAAUCCGUCAUGCGCCGGCAGCCGGCCCCUAAUACGAGGGAAAAAAACAUUAUAUUCACGGCUGAGGAUCUUGCUGAGUGCUGCAACCAUGUCUUUCUGGAAGCCUGA